GCCCGCUCGAGGUGGUCGUCGAACCGGCCAUACCGAUGGACUCGAUCGGGCUCCAUCCGUCCCAGGAGUCGCUGGCGGAGGAGUCGCGCGCCCUCGCGUCGGAGCUGACCGCCAUGACCGAGACCGAGCUGAUGAACUACAUCUGCCCGAGCGCGUUCGAUGCCGUGUAACGCCCAACUAUCAUGCACCGGCAGCAGUGGCCACCAAGGAGUUAGGAAUAAAAAAAAUCAAAAGUAGGACAACAGCCGCGCAUCUAGAGCUCUAGCGGCGGGAGUGUAGAUGUCAAGCAGCGCGUAUUGCAUAUACCAAACCGUUUACGUUUAAGAGUGUAGUUUGUACAAUCCAUGCUUCAUGGAGAGAGAGAGAGAGAGAGAGAGAAAUGUUUUACUCGCGAGACAAACCUACCGCUCCAGCAGCAGUUACAGUUAAAGUUAUUCUAGUAGUAGUUACUCUCCAACGCCAAAACACGGGCACAGCGCAAUUCUCCUGCGCGAAAUCCAAUGCGGACGCUACAAGCGCUCCGAGGCACGCCUUGACCGGGGCUUUUCGGUUCGGUUUCGGCCGCAGCCGCAGCCGGUUACGGUCGCAACCUAGUUGCGCAGUUCCUAGCGGCGGCCGAUGAGGGCUGAGGGAAGGUGGCCACACGUGUACGCGUACCAAUCUUAUGUUUUUUUUUGCCAUAUUUAGUUCUCUCUGGACGCGAUGCGGGAAGAGCGCGCGGAAUACAACAGUAUAUUAGCACACACCUACUACAUGCCAUAACUGAGGAUUGUUUGCGGAAAGCAGGUGGUAGAAUGGGACAGUGGGACACGUAGUACGUGCAAUGCGCAAUGCAUGGAAAUAACAAAAAACGCACAAGUAUUUUUCACCAUUCUAGUGAAACCACGCACAUUGUAGGCUCACAUUCAUUUUCAAACUAGUUGUACUCAAUUUUAUUCCUAAUAACUAAACUCGUACACACACACACACACACAGCACCGUUUCACUAACGUGCACAUAAAACAGCCCUACGCAUUUGCUUCAAACGUAAACAUACACACUAGCACUCACUUAGCGGUAAAGAGAGAGAGAGAGAGCCACAAAGAGGAGAACCGAGCAAAAGCAGCACGGGCCACUACAAAAUUCGCCCGCAAAGCUAGGAAAGAUGACAGAGGGACUAGGGCUUAAGGAGCAUAAUAAAAGUAACGAAACUCACCAGCCCCCAACAAGGGCCGGGUAAAGCAAAACCAAAGGUACACAAAACCACUUCACUGUGGACCGAUAGGGCAGAGGGUAGAGCGGGCGCACAGAAUGGUAAUGAACAACACUUAACUGUUGCAACAAUAUGGCUGUUAAUAGUUAUGCUUAGUUUUUACAACGCUGGUUUAAGACACCCGCCGCAUCGAAUAGGGUACGCGUGCGGCCGUCCCGCGGCCGGGGUACGGGCAGCGUUCAGUAGCCAAAAAACGGGCGAGUGUUUUUCGCUUCGCGUGGCGCCUGUCACACUUCCGUUGCUCGUACAGUUACGUUAACUUUGACGUUUAAAUUCGACCGUUAGUAGGAUGCAAUAGAAGAAGAAAGGGCAAGGGGCGCAGGGGGAGGGGAGGGGAAUUAUAUUGUUAAACAUUUAACAUUAAUACGCUAAGGGACCGUUGCUUUAGGGGCGGACCUUUCGUUUUCUGCUCUAGUGAUGAUUUGUGUUUCCAAAACAAAACAAAAAAACCCAAAUCUGCCAUAUUCAGCUCAGUGAAAUGGAAUGUUAGCGUAGGCGAAGGAGAGUUGUGCAAUUUGGGAUAGACGUACCGAAACAUACAGGAGGCUUUUACGUGUUCGGGAGCGCGAAACAAAAAAAAACCCCUUUAAUACAGGACAGCAACAGGCGAACAACGAACAUGAAUCAGGCGCGGAAAACCGGAAUGCGAAUGAGAUAGAUUAGACAAAACCUGCAGACUGCCAUGAGCCACUUUUUUGUUGUGUCGCGUAAGAUUGUAGAGUAAUAGCCGUGGCAGCCAAGGGGCAAGCCAGUUUGCCCCGCAUUAAGUCAAACCGUCAAGUUAGUAAGCAGCAACAGUAGCACGUGCGCUAGCAGCGUCUGUAGGGUAAAAGAUUUUAUUUUCCAGUUGUUCUGUGUUUGCUAUUAUUGGGAGGAAAAGUGCACUGGUCCCGUAAUUGUAAUUGUAAGCAUUUGAAAAAAAAAACGGAUCGCAAGCUAACAAAGCAUCGAUCGUAUAGCAGGAAAGCAACUAUUGCCCGAUUAACACCGGGCCGACUGGGUGCCAAGGUUUACUACACACUACACAACUGAAAUGACUGACUCGAGGCACACGCGCAGCAUGCAAUCAAUGGGUGCGGUAGGGGCACAGACACAGAUCAAAGAAAUCGAACCUUAGUGAUGCAACACACCUCAACUAGUAACACACAAAAUAGCAUACAAAGCAGUGUAACAGUUUAGCUUCUUUGUGCUGCUUUAGUUCUCUUGGUUAAGUUAGAAAGGUUUAAUCGUUAGUUUGAUUAGGUUUAAAGUCAAGACAACAAAAUCAAACAAAACUCUCAAACAUUGUUUUUAGCAAGUAUCCAAAGUGUGCUAUUUGUUAUGUUUUUUUUGUGUAUUUUUUUUUAAUAAGGAUAGAUUAGGAAGCACCGAAACGAGUUUAAUGUCUCUGUCUCGAACACAAAGGCCGUUGCCGUGGCGUUGAUUAGCUGGAAACACCUAAUGGCAGAUAGGUGCCAAUCGAGUUUCCGGUCAGGCUAUUUCAUCACAACAGUCGUUAGCUAUGUAUGUUACAGGUUAUGCAGGGAGGUUGUGGGAGAACAUGAGGACUGGUGUUGGCUGGAAUUAGAAGAAGAAAAAAAACUACCAGAAAUGUAGAGCACAAGUUUAAGAAAAAAACUAAAACGAUACAUAACAAACAAUCAAACAAACAAACAGGAACACAGCAACAGAGGAACUGACUUUACAAAUCAAAUCUAAAGAAUAACCGUUUUUGUCGCGCUGUCUAAAAAAAGAAACAGAAAAGUUUACUCUACGAACACGAACCUUUUACAAUCUUCCCCAUGUCUUUUGCGAUCUAGACGUGUUUUACGAUGUUUCGGUCAGGUCUGCGAAUCGGGCCGUACUCCUUUUCGAUGCUUCUCCCCAAACAUCUCGGAACAUCCUGUUCUGCUGCAUGUAUUAGACGGUAAAAUAGUUAAACUAAGUGUACGAACCGGGGAGCUUCAGCACUUCCCGGGGGGGAAACAACUGUGCGGAACGGAGCGCAAAGCGCAGCGGACGCUUUGGGAGCAGCCAUCGGGCCCGGUCCAGUCCAUACGUAUCAAACAAACAAUUCUUACUGUUACUGUUUACAAUAAAGAUUUAUUUUGUUAUCUUUUUUUCAA